AUGCUUAGCCUGACUGCCAUGUCAAACAUUAUCCGUGUGUGGUCUAUAGCAGAGGAGUGCAACGAAGAUUGGGAAGAGUGGACACCCGAAAAAGGUUCAUUUGUUAAUCACAUGCUUGCUGGUUCGGCCGCUGGUGUGGCUGAGCACGUGUCCAUCUUCCCCAUCGACACUAUUAAAACGCAUAUGCAGUGUCAGCGAUGCGCAGUGAAUAUCAAUCCACACCAAUUGACGGCCAUACAGACGGCCCGCCAACUUACAGCAGCGGAAGGACCACUUCGUCUUUUUCGAGGCGUCAGUACCAUGUUAGGAGCCAGUCUACCAGCCCACGCCGUGUACUUUUCCGUAUUUGAGGCGGCGAAAAAAUCGCUUGGAGCAGAUACGAACAUGCUGACACCUAUGGCUUCCGGCUCAGCAGGUGUUAUCGCUACUGUCUGUCAUGAUUUCAUAAUGACCCCCAUGGAUGUCGUGAAGCAGCGACUACAAUUAGGAUAUUACAAAGGAGUAGCAGAUUGUUUUAAGACGGUGGUGAUUAAUUCUGUGUCUUUGCCGCAUUAUUGUUGUGAAGGAAGAAUUUACACGGUAAAUGGUACUGAUAUGCCGCAGGUUAUAAAGCAAGAAGGUUUGCGCGCACUGUAUAUCAGUUUUCCUACGACACUCUUGAUGAAUUUGCCAUAUAGUAUGAUCAUGGUGUCGGCGAACGAAACUUUUAAGAAAGUGUUGAACCCGUCAGGAGAGAUAAAUAUCUUGGCAUAUAUUGCGUCUGGUGCCGCAGCUGGAGCAUUGGCUGGCGCAUUGACAAAUCCACUAGAUGUAGCCAAGACCCGAUUGCAGACUCAAUCUAUGAUGAUGUUGGAAGAAGCUUUGUGUCCAUCCCGAACUCAUUGUACGCAGCUACAGACGCGUGGUGGAACUAUAACAGUUCCGCCUUCAUGCUCAAUAAAUAGCCAUUCGGGGGUGGAACGGGCAGAACCUGUUUUACGUCGGCAAUAUGGUGGACUCAUUGACGCGCUUUUCAAAAUUAAAGCACAGGAGGGUUACGCAGGAUUUUUCCGGGGAGUUUACCCUCGUCUAUUGGUACACGCGCCCUCUGUCGCUGUGUCAUGGACAACAUUUGAAGUUUUGAAAAAGAAUUUGGAUCGGAUAAGCAGGGAAACAAAUAGAGUUACAAUAAAAAGCGAUUACGAGUCUGUUCUUGCAACUGGAUCGAGGUUUGAAACGUCAAAAACAUUACCUUUUGAUAAGGAAUUUCACUUGUCAUCAACUGCGGCGGGAAUGAAAGACCUGGCAAACCACUACAACGAACAUAGUCUGCUUUUUGCGUUCGGUGUAACCUUACUCGAACGUGCAUUAACAGAUUUCUCUGUUGAUACCUUUUCUGAUUUUGUGUCGAGGUGA